AUGGCUGUCGCCGAAACUGAGAAGUUCCUCCACCUGUCGCGGCCCAUCGCGCCGGCCACGAUUGGCAUCCCAGGCAACAUUGCCCCGCUCACCGUCAACAUCCAGCCCCAGCUUACCCCCCGUGGGGAACCCCAACUACUCGUCGCUAACCCCACCUCCUCCUUCCAGGCCAUCCUCUCCAUUCUCGACCAUGCCGUGCGAAGAGACAUCCGCGAUACGCAAUCAACCCGCGUUAUCGGCGCCCUCGUUGGUGUCCGCUCCGAAGAUGGCACUGAGGUCGAAGUGCGCUCCUGCUUCGCCAUCCCCCACACCGAGAACGAGGACCAGGUCGAGGUGGACGUCGACUACCAGAAGAACAUGCUCGCCCUCACCCUCAAGGCCAACCCGCGCGAGUCCCUGUUGGGCUGGUACACCACCACCCACGAGCUCAACUCCUUCUCCGCCCUGAUCCAGAACUUCUUCGCCUCCCCCGAGACCGGCACCUUCCCCCACCCCGCCGUCCACCUCACCAUCAGCACCGACCCGACCUCCGACAUUGAGGCCCGAUGCUACAUCUCCGCCCCCGUCGCCGUCAACGCCGAGCGCGCCGCCGAGAGCUGCCUCUUCAUCCAGGUGCCCCACAAGCUCAUGUACGGCGAUGCCGAGCGCAGCGCCCUCGAGGCCAUCUCCAUGGCCAAGGACACCGAGGACCGCACCGCCCCCGUCGUCUCCGACAUUGAGGGCCUCGCCCGCUCCAUCGAGUCCGGCGCCAACCUCAUCGAGCGCGUCAGCGACUGGGUCAACGGUAUCCUCGACGAGGACGAGGAGCCCAACCAGGCCCUCGGCCAGUACCUCAUGAACGCCCUCUCCCUCGCGCCCAAGGUCGACCCCGAGCAGAUUGAGCACGACUUCAACAACCACAUCCAGGACGUCCUCAUGGUCUCCUACCUGGCCAACACCAUUCGCACCCAGAUCGACCUGUCGCAACGGCUGGCUGUUGCCAACCUCACCGGCGGCGAGAAGGACGGCGAGGGCAAGACGACCGAGGGCGGCGAGAAGGGCGAGCAACAGCGGGGUGGUCAGCGUGGCGGCAAGCGCGGUGGACGCGGCGGCGGCCGUGGUGGUGGCGGCCAGAGGGGAGAGCCCAGGGAGCCCCGCGAGCCUCGCGAGCCGAGGGAACCUACCGAGUAA